CUUCGUGUGGUAUGGCAAACUAUAACUAAGCAAUAUCAAUAUAAUUUUCUGUAGUCAAUCCACCAACUUGACAAUCAAUCAUCCGAAUAAUGGGAGAAUCAGCUAUGGAGUUUGCACUGCCGGGCUUCCGCUUUCACCCAACUGAAGAAGAGCUUCUUCAAUUUUACCUUAAAAAUAAAGUCCUCGGCUUGAAAUUGCGCUGCGAUGUUAUUGGCCUCCUCAACAUUUAUCGUCAUGAUCCUUGGGACUUACCAGGGCUGGCGACUAUUGGCGAGAGAGAAUGGUACUUUUUUGUGCCAAGAGACAGAAAACAUGGCAGCGGAGGAAGGCCAAAUAGGACUACUCAAAAGGGAUUUUGGAAAGCAACUGGUUCUGAUCGAAAAAUAUUUAGUUCGUCACAUCCCAAGAAUAUAAUUGGCCUUAAGAAAACCCUGGUUUUCUAUAAUGGCAGAGCUCCCCGGGGCUCCAAGACUGAUUGGGUUAUGAAUGAGUUUCGCUUACCUCAUACUGUCUCCUCAUCUCAGGACAUAGUGUUGUGCAAAAUAUACAGGAAAGCAACUUCCCUAAAGGUUUUGGAGCAGAGGGCUGCAAUUGAAGAAGAAAUGAAGACCACAAAUCAGCCAAUGGACACCAUGUCAUUUUGCAGUGAACAUAAUGAACUAAUUAUGGCAGCGUCAAUAACUGAUCAGAGUCCCAAAUUCUUGAUGUCAGUUACUAAGGAUGAAGUUGAAGAAGAUAUAUUUUCAAUUUCUGAGAACAACCCUUAUGAAAUUUCAUUAGAAAUCAAAGGUAAGAGUAAUUGCUUAAGCCCAAAUUUUCUGAAUGGGAAAGGCAACCUGGCUGAUCUUCAAGUACCAAAAUUGAGCAUGGAUUUUAGUCAAGACCCUGUUUGGAUGCAGUUGCGUAGUCCUUGGCUUGACAAUUUUAGUUUAACACCUUCAGCUUUUGUUCAUAACUUUUAGUCAAAUAAGAAACUCAGAAUGUUUAGUCAUUUCUUAUAAAUGAAUCAGUAUUCUUAAAUCAUCCUUCCCUCGGCCCUGGGGCUUUUUGAAAAAUAAUACUUAGUAGUGUUAUGCCGAGCUUUGGAGCAACAAUAAAGUUGUUUUCGUGCAACCUGUAGGUCACGGGUUCUAAACAUGGAAGUAGCCAUUAAUGCUUACAUUAGGUUAGGUUGCUUACAUCACACCCCUCGGGGUGCAGCUCUUUUCCAAACCCUGUAUAAAUACGGAAUACUUUGUACACAUUAAUAACUUUUUUUUGUUGUCCCCCUU